AUGUCGUUUCCUACGGGGCCAACAUCCCUAGUCCAUGGGCAGUCAACGUUCGUUUGUCCAACAACGAUCGGGCCUUGUGUGAACCGGGCCUUUGCGGAUCUGAACUGGACUCGCGACGCGUGCAACAACGUCGAUACGUUUACGGAGGCAUUUCCAUCAACAGGUUUUGCUUCUUUACGCCAGUUCGUCGAGAACGUAUACCAGAACUCUCGUUCAACUGGAUGUAGCAGUGGUACUGGUGCUUCAAAAGUUGUAAUAGUUGGAGCGGAGGUGCAGAAGUUCUUCUGGAAUGACGACGCGGCGGCUGAAGGAGGCUUCGAGCAUGGUCCAUGUGAGUUAUGGAUCGAUGAAGGUGUCGUCUUUCAGGCGAACAAUUGCGCCGUCGCGUUCCCAUCCAGUCCAGCUACCUGUCCAGUAAACUACUCGAGCUGCAACGACAAGUGUGUUCUUCGCUUUUACGCCUUGUCUCUAGCUGGUACUGCCUGGCAAGCAUUCAAAUAUGUCACGGAGAUUCAGGUUGUACAGCCCAGAAGCGACAGCAGCGACUCCAGUGAGAUUGCGUCGACUGAAUCUCUGACUUCACGCGUGGUCUGGAGCUGGAGAAUCGCCGAAUCGAAUGAACUUGCAGCUUCUGUGUCAGUCCACCUUCGAGGCUCUGCUCAGCUAUCAGGAACUUUAGAGCUGUCUGUGGACACAAGCUUGCGCAGCACCGCAGCGACACCAGCACCAACUAAUCCGUUGGCCAUAUAA